CUUCUCCAUCCAUACCUUAUCCGUCCUCAUAAUCACACACUACCCAUUAUCUUCCCAGCCUUAUUUACCGCAAGGUUUCUCAUCCUGGCUAGGUGUCCGUACAGAGUAUCCGUGGCUUACCUAUCCGUACCUCAUUCUCUCGCACAUCUCAACACCAGAUCAUUACCUCUCCCUCCCCAAAUCAAUUCACAUUUCGCCCUGCUGCCUCCCACCGUGACACCGUCACCGUCUCUCCCACACCACAUCCGCAAGCGCGCACAUACACAGAUACAGACACAGACACAUAUACACAUACACAUCCGAUGCACACCUACACGCACAUCGGUACAGCGUGUACGCCCACUCAUUAUCUCUUCCCCAUCCCUUAUGCUUGACGCCGCCGUCAGUCGGGUACCCUCGCACUGCUCCAAACGGCGUGCAUAUGCGAGAGAUGGCUGCAUCCAUCCUCCGCCUACCUUGCACGUACAUAUUGCGGUACAGGCUACGCACACAAUCUCUCUCUGCCUGGUCCAAGCCAAGGGUUGGGGGAACGGCAGGCAACCCCAUCCACCCCCUGCCACACAGAGACAGACGCAGAUGCCCACGCCCCCCUUCACUUGGUUGCUGUCGCAAUACUCCUCUCACACCUUGACCCCUGACGGGACACCCCCCUCCUCUCCUCUCCUCUCCGAGGACACCUCAGGUAAGCGUCCGGCCUCCCUCCCCACUCUGCCUAAUCCAGCCAUGAUCCCCCCUCCAGCCUGGCGGCGGCGGCGGCGGCGACCGGAUCCCAUCGAGCUAUUUGCAGGUCCCAAGAAGAGCCCACAGGUGCACCCGCGUCAAGUGUCUCCUGUACAUAGUAUCUGCGACUUGGUCCACACGGGCACAAGUGCACCUAGUGUACUCUGUACGACUACAUCUAAGCCAUCAUUUUUGUCCGCUGGCCAGCCCAGCGCAGACCGUACUGUAGGAGAGGGAACAGCGUGCACCGCCUGCUAA